AUGGAGUGUCUUUCGUGUGGGCAUGUCUCCAAAGAUGAAGCCCCCAAGUUCUGCAGCCAGUGUGGACAGAGGCUGCUUCCGGCAGCCCCCGUAGCCGAUUCUGAGAACAACAAUCCUGAGGCAAUGCCGGCCCCAGAGGAAAAAAUGGAGCAUGGGCAGGAGCUGAGAGAGGAUGGUGGCCCUUUCUUGUCCCAGGGCUCAAGUCAUCUCCCGCGGGAAGAUCUGGAUGAGCCCCCUUCCAGCGUCUCCUUGGCCCGCCGAAGAAGCAAAAGGAAGAGAGGGAAGAAGAGAAAGAACCAGAAUGCCUCCACUUCUGCAGAGCUGGACUCCUUGUUGGAGGCUUCCUCCAUCCCCAGUAGUGUCAGCUCGCUUGCAAACCCCAGCUUCCAGGACUCAGCCCCACCCCAGAGCCGGGCUCCGCAAGGUGGUCAGACCAGCCAGCCGAGCCAGCCCCCAAGCGCCACCCCGACGCCACAGGAGGAUGGUGACUGCCCAGAGCCCGUGGGGCAUGUCGAGGCUGGCAGCAGCCCUCUGCAGGACCAGCCCGGGGGAGGUGUCCUCCCGAACGGGAAGGACCAUGACACCCCCGAGCCCUACCAGGGCAGAGGCCCCCCCCAGGAGGGGGCUGGCCCAACCACCUCUGCCAGCAAAGACUGUCCUGGCAAGGAAGGUGCUGCUCAGGAGCUCCUGCCACCUGAGUCCAAGCGGGGCUCUGAGCCCAAGAAAGAACCACAGACUGCUGCGCAGCAGGCCGGGGCCCGUGCGUCUGGGGAAAUUGCUGCUAUAGCCCAGCCGGCUGAGCCGGUGGGAGGGGCUGGGGAAAAAGUGAAAGCCAAGACUCAGAACAAGAAACAGCCGCCAGCAAGUGCCCCUGCUUCCCCAGAACACCGCCAGGAAGCUAAAACCAAGAAGACAGCUGUUACUGGAGACAAAGCAGGUGGAAGUGAGAAGGCCAAGCCAGAGGGUUCGAAGAAGCCAGAAGGGAAUAACAAGAGUUGGGUGGCCGCUGUGAAAAAUGAGAAGGAGCAACGGAACCGCAAAGCCGGAGGGUGUGAAGUGAAGGAGAGCCCACUGAGUCUGCAGGAAGGAAUCACGGUAUACUUCCAUGCAAUCAUCUCUAAGGAUUUCAGCUUUGACCCCAGCCUCCACAAAGUGUUUGUCAGGGGGGGAGAAGAAUUUGGGAAGACCAAGUGGAAUUAUAAUGUCUGUGAGAUGCACUGCACCAAAGACCUGCAUGAGAACGGGUUCCUCGUGGAAGGCAGUGCUGUCCUGUCCCAGCAGCACGUGAAUAAACCCAUUCCUUACAAGUACGUCAUCAUGCGCAGCAAGGGCCACGUCGAAUAUGAGUACAUCUACAAACGUCAGCAGAGCAGUGAGCACGUCAACCGCUGCCUGCAGGUGGAGGCUACGCUUCUAGGCUCGGGAGACUGGCACCAGUACGAUGAUGUGGUUCAUAUGAGGUGCCCGGGGAUGCUUCAGAGGAUGAUGAAUUCUCUAACGGACGGUAUAAGGAAGGACGUGGUGAAGGGGAAGCAGAUCGCGGCCACCAUUAUGCUGAACAGCAUCUUCAGCAUCCUGCAGACCUGGAACGCCAUCAACCUGAAGAGCUUUUUUACCCAGUUCCAGCAGUUUUAUUUUGUCGUGAAAGUGCCCAUGAUCUACGAAGGCCAGGCACAGCCCUGGCACGCUCUGCAGUACGACGAGAAGGAGGUGAAGAGAAACCUGUGGGAGUAUUUGAAAAAACAAGCUGCGCCAUUUCUGGAAAGAAUUGGGAACCCUCUGCCUGAAGACAGCCCAGUGAGGAGUAAAUUGAGAAUGGGCCUGAUUAUCCUUUUUGCAGUGGAAAAAUUUGACAUUCCCUUAUCAGAGAAUGACCUGGUGUUGCUUUGUACCCUUCUUUGCUCGAACGCUUCUUCACCAGGUGACCUUGACAGUGACCUAAGGCACAUCUUUGGAACAUGUCACAGCUGGCGAGAGUUCUUGGUCAACCUGUGUCGACAGUGCAUAGCGAAAACAGUGGACCUCUGGGUGCUCACCCUGCCCGUCUUGCACUACUGCCUGGCAUCAUCCCCUCAAGGAAAGGACUCCACGAUGCAGCCUGAGGACACCUGGGCGGCCCUGGAAGGAAUCUCCUUCUCUGAGUUUCGGGAAAGAAGGCUAGAUCAGACACAGUUAGUUCAGCGCAUGGGAGAGCAGAGCUAUUUGCUGAACGUAGAUGCGUGUCUGUUCCGGUCCUGGUUCAGUCUGCUGCCUCUGAGCAACUUGGUUUCCUAUAUGAAGAACGUCAUAGACCAUCUGAGUCACUUCCCAGCUCGAAUCCUGGACUGCCUUCUAGGGACUUGGUACCGGCUUCAAGGGUUUACAGAAGUCUCUAGCAGAAAUCUGGAGAACAUUGAGGAAAUUUUUCAAUUGCUGUUACACCUCCUGGAUAUUUAUCAGGACAAGAUUCUUGAGGAGCCCUUGAUACAGUCCUACUUGACUGUGUGCCUGAGACUUCAUGAAACUAUCUGCAGAAUCACAAAAGACCAAAAGUUUUAUGAGCUGCCCGCCUUAUCUGCUGAGAUUGUUUGCAGAAUUAUUACACUUAAGCCUCUAGUGGAUUCAGCCGAAGGGCCGAGAAAGGAAGCCGGGAAGAUUUCUGUGCAAACAGUAUUCCAGGGGACAGUCACCAGGACAAGAACUUGGCUUCAGGGCAUUUUCCAGAAGUCCAUCUUUUGCCACACCUACUUGUCACCUGUCAUGUUCAGAUACCAGGAGGAAAUCAAGGUCUGGAGACGGCUGGCGGAAAUAAACUUCCCCGUGGAGUAUGGCUGGAAGGAGUCCUUGAUGGGGGACUUGGAAGGGAGAAUCAAACAGGAGAAGCCUCUCGUCCAGAUCUCCGCCUUUUGCAGCCCCUACUGGGAUGCCACGGGCCUAGAAGACAGCGUGUCGAAAUGCUUCGAGAAGUGUGUCAUUGAAGCAGUGAGCUCAGCCUGCCAGUCUCAGACCAGUAUUCUUGAGGGAAUCUCUUCUCAUGACCUGCGGAAAUUUGGCACUCUUGUGUCGGCUGUGAUCACUAAGUCCUGGCCGAGAAACAAUGGGGAGGCCGUGGAUGACCUGGAUGAGGUUUUAAAGCACCUGCUCACAUGGCCGGACAUCAAGCAUCUCUUCAAGUUGUGCAGAACCGAUGAGAAGUUAUUAGCCAGUGUUACCGAGGACAGCAGGAGGCUGUUGGCUAUCGCCGACUCUGUGUUCACGAAAGUCAGUGGGGACCUCCUGAAUGGCACCAUUUUAGUUGGACAACUGGAGCUCAUCACGAAGUGCGCAGAUCGGUUUCUGGACAUCUGGCAGAUAAAGAGAAAAGGUCUUUUACUCCAAGAGAAAAAGUACAAUAUGAAGGAAGUGCUGGACUGGAGAAAGGAUGAGCUGAAAUUUCUGACGAGAGAGAAGACAUGUGUGGACAGUCUCCUGAAGUUGUGUGAGAAGGUGAAACAUCUGAUAAAAGUGGAUGUGGAAGAGAUGGCAGAAAGACACUUGGAAGAUCUCGGCAGUAAAAAACUGAGUGACGCCGUGACAGUGAGGUUGUCACCCAGCUCCCCGGACGUGAAGAGGACAACGCAUUACGACCUGAGCCCCCAAGUCCAAGAGAUGGCCGAAAAGAUGGAGCAGCUAAAGGAGAGCCACAUCUUCCAGGUCUUCUGGGAAGACGCUGCAGAAGUGCUGAGUGGGCCCGAGGAAGAGCUGGAAAGGCAGAUUCUUCAGCCUGAGGAGGCCUAUAGAUCUCUGUUUCUCCCUUGUUUCAAGAAGUUUAUGAAACUAUAUGAGGAUCUGAGGUCAGGAGAGAUCACCCUUCAGGAGGUUGACACCACCUUCAAGGACUUUGUGAAUAAAUACAGCCACCUCGACACCGACCUCCAUCUUAUGUGUGUCCUGGACCCCAGCGACCAACAGGACUGGAUCAAGGAUCGCGUUGGGCAGAUCAGGGAGUACCAUCACCUGAACCAGGCUGUCAGCUCAGCCAAGGUCAUCUUGAAGGUCAAGGAGAAUUUGGGCCUGACCGGUGACUUUGGUGUUCUGCACACUUUGUUAAACUUUACUGACAACUUUGACACAUAUCGCCAUGAGAAGCUGGAGCGGAUCAGCAAGCAGCUUAUCCAUGCCAAAAAGCUGCUGCAGGACAUCAGUGAGACCCGGUCCCAGUGUCUGAGUGAGCUGUCCCUGAGCAAGGAGUUCAUCAGCUGGGUCCGGGAGGCUCUCGGAGGCAUCAACGAGCUGAAGGUAUUUGUGGACCUGGCCUCUAUCUCUGCGGGGGAGAAUGACAUCGACGUGGACCGGGUGGCCUGUUUCCACGACGCCGUGCAGGGCUACGCAUCGCUGCUGUAUAAGCUGGAUGCGAGUGCAGGAUUUGACGAGUUCAUGAUGCAUCUCAAAGAACUGUGGAAGGCUCUGGAGAAUGACCUGCACCUGCCCCAUAAACUGCGUGACUCUGCCAGGAACUUGGAGUGGCUGAAAACUGUGAAGGAAAGUCACGGGUCAGUAGAACUCUCUUCCCUGUCAUUGGCAACGGCCAUCAAUGACAGAGGCAUCUAUGUGAUCCGCGCCCCCACGGAUGGCCAAAAGAUCUCCCCAGACACGGUUCUGCAGUUGCUCCUGCCCGAGAGCCAUGGAGGCCAUGAGGAGGUGCGAGUCUACUCUUUGGAAGACCUCAAGGAGCUUUUGAACAAAUUGAUGUUGAUGUCUGGCAAGAAAGAUCACAGCAACGUUCAAGUAGAGAUAUUUUCCAAGGUGUUCUGCAACGUGCAGAGGCUUGUCCAAGCCUUCAUAAACCUUUACUGUGCUGGAAACAUGCUGUUCAGGGCCUGGGAUGCCAAGGUGUAUUGCUCCCCCUGGCACGGCGUCUCCAUUUGGAUGGACUUCUGCUUGGAGCCCAUAAGCCAGCUCAAGGACAGCGGGCCAGUGGCCGAGCUGUUGGAGGACAUCAGCAGGCAGAUGGAGCACUUCCUGGACCACUGGAAGGACUUCGUGGCAGAGAAGCGGGCCAAGCACUUUUAUCUCAACUACUACACCGCCGAGCAGCUGGUGUACCUGAGCACAGAGCUCAAGAGAGAGAUGCCCAGCAACGCCGCUCUCACCAUGCUGUCCUUCAUCAAAGGCAACUGCACCCCGAAGGACAUCGUGAAGGCCCUCGAGGGGCCCAGUGGUGAGGCUGCCAGGCACCACGAGAGCACGGUGGUUGAGGGGCUGCGACUCAUGCUCCUGCAUGAGUUCAGCCUGGUGGGCAAGCUGAGGGCCGUCAUGGAGCAGUCGAUGACAUGCAUGAGUGCCUUCCUGCCUCACUGCCUGGACCUGGAGACCCUUGGCCGCUGUCUGGCCCACCUGGGCUGGAUGAGCGGACGUCCCGUGGAGCGGCUCCUCCCCAAUGGCCUGUGCGCCGGCCAGCCCAACCUCCUCGUCUGUGGCCACUCUGAGGUGCUGUCGGCUGCCCUGGCCAUCUACAUGCAAACCCCGCACCAGCCGCUGCCCACCUUCGACGAGGUGCUGCUCUGCACCCCGGGAACCACGUUUGAGGAAGUGGCGCUACUCCUGCGCCGCUGUCUGACCCCCGGCUCCCGGGGACAGGGGAUCUAUAGCCUGCUGUACGUGGACCUGCUGAGCUACGAGGUGGCCUGCCAGGUGGAGGCGCUCUUCCUGAGGCUGUGCUCAAAGCCGCACCAUGAGGACUUCCAGCUGGUGAUGAUCUGUGACUCCGAGCGGGAACAUUGCCACCUGCCCUCGGCCUUCAGCCAGCACAAGGUCCUUGUCACCCCCCAGGCGCCCCUCCAGGACAUCCAGGCCUACCUGGCUCGGCAUUUCCAGGUCCCCGAGCACAUGCCAUCAGCUGCCAACGUGUUCCGGGACCGGAUGUGCGUGGGGAUCGUGGCCUCCAAGCGAGCGGGCGUUGGAAAGUCUCUCUAUGUAGAGAGAUUACAUAGAAAACUGAAAAUGAAGCUUAGAGGCAAAAAAGUGCCCCUAAAAGUGAUCCGACUAAUCGACCCUCAGGUGGAUGAGAACCAGGUUUUGCACUCCCUCCUGCCUUUCCUGGAGGCUGACGGCCAGACGAGACCCACAAUCUUCCACUUCGAUGUGACCUCUUCAGUGCAGACUGGACUUUGGGUGUUCAUUUUCAAACUCCUCAUCCUACGGUACUUAAUGGAUAUAAAUGGGAAAAUGUGGUUUCGGAACCCAUGCCAUUUAUACAUCAUUGAAAUCCUGGAAAGGACUCCAACGCUGCCCAAGACACCUUCAAGGCGGAGUACAUACACCCCCCACUUCAGUUUUCUUGAUGUCUUCCCAAAAGUCACCUGCCGGCCUCCCAAAGAAGUGAUAGACAUGGAGCUGAAUCCUGAAGAGAGCUACAGCGAUCCAGGGAUGGAUCAGAGAGUGUUCUGCAGCGAGACUUUCCAGAGGCCUUACCAAUAUUUGAAACGGUUCCAUGAGAAACAAAACCUAGACACGUUUCAGUACCAGGAAGGCUCCGUGGAAGGCACCCCUGGGGAAUGCCUCCAGUAUUUCCUAAUUUACUGCGGGUUGAUAAAUCCGUCCUGGUCAGAGCUACGGAACUUUGCUGGGUUCCUGAAUUAUCAGCUCAGAGAUUGUGAGGCCUCCCUCUUCUGUAACCCACAGGUGAUUGGAGACACACUGCAAGGCUUCAAGAACUUCGUGGUCACCUUCAUGAUCUUCAUGGCAAGAGAUUUCGCCACACCGACACUUGAUACAUCCGAUCAAAGCCCAGGGAGGCACACAGUCACCAUGGAUGGGGUCAGGGAAGAAGACCUAGCCCCUUUCACUCUCCGGAAGAGAUGGGAGUCAGAGCCUCACCCAUACGUGUUCUUCAAUGGUGACCACACGUCCAUGACCUUCAUAGGCUUCCACAUCCAGCCCAACAGGAAUGGCAGCCUUGACGCCGUUGAUCUCUCCAGAGGGAGGGUGAUCAAGAAAGACGUCAUAGGAAUGGAACUGUACCAGGGGCUGUUGCUCCAGAGGGUGCCCUUCAAUGUUGACUUUGAUAAGCUGCCCAGACAUGAGAAACUUGUAAAGCUCUGCCUGGCAUUGGGGAUCCAGUGGCCCAUGGACCCUGAUGAAACUUACGAGCUCACAAUGGACAAUAUGCUGAAGAUCCUUGCCAUUGAGAUGCGGUUCCGGUGUGGGAUCCCCGUCAUCAUCAUGGGAGAGACUGGCUGCGGGAAAACUAGGCUCAUUAAAUUCCUCAGCGACCUGCGACGCGGGGGUACCAAAGCCGAAACCAUGAAGCUGGUCAAGGUCCAUGGAGGAACCACUGCAGAGAUGAUCUACUCCAAAGUCCGGGAGGCAGAGAAACUUGCUAUCUUCAAUAAGGACCAACAUCAGCUGGACACCAUCUUGUUCUUUGAUGAAGCCAAUACAACGGAAGCCAUAAGCUGUAUCAAGGAAGUCCUGUGUGAUCGUACAGUGGGCGGCCAGCCCCUGGCCAAAGACUCGGGACUGCAUAUCAUAGCGGCCUGCAACCCUUACCGGAAGCACUCACAGGAGAUGAUCUGCCGUUUGGAGUCGGCCGGUUUGGGAUACAGGGUCAGUGCCGAGGACACGGCGGAGAGGCUUGGCUCCAUCCCCCUGAGGCAGCUGGUGUACCGAGUGCAUGCUCUGCCACCCAGCCUGAUCCCACUGGUGUGGGACUUCGGACAGCUGAAUGACACCGCCGAAAAUCUCUACAUCCAGCAGAUUGUGCAGAGGCUGGUGGACUCCAUUGGUAUAGAUGAAGAUGAGACUCGCGUGAUCACAGAAGUACUUUCUGCCUCUCAGGGUUUUAUGAGGACGAGAGUAAAUGAGUGCAGCUUUGUCAGCCUCAGGGAUGUGGAGCGCUGUGUCAAAGUGUUCACAUGGUUUUACAGCCACAGUAGGAUGCUCCUGUCAAAGCUGGAUUCCUUUCUCCAGGAGUCCCACGUCAGCAAAAACAACUUGGAGAGAGAUCCUGUCCUCUGGUCCCUGGUGCUAGCCCUCGGGGUGUGCUAUCACGCCUCUUUAGAACAGAAGGAAUCAUACUGGAGAGCCAUUUGCAGGCUCUUUCCGGAACCAUAUAAUGACAGCAAGGUUAUUCUGGAGGAGAUAACUCAAACACAGGGUCUUUUUCUGAACGGUGUGUCUUUAAGGAAAACCAUUGCUAAGAACUCAGCUUUGAAGGAGAAUGUCUUCAUGAUGGUUAUCUGCAUUGAGCUGAAGAUUCCCCUCUUCCUGGUGGGGAAGCCCGGCAGCUCCAAAUCUCUUGCCAAGACCAUCGUAGCAGAUGCCAUGCAAGGCCCGGCAGCUCACUCGGACCUCUUCCGGAGACUAAAGCAGGUCCAUCUGGUAUCAUUCCAGUGCAGCCCACACUCUACCCCCCAAGGCAUCAUAAGCACCUUCAGACAGUGUGCCCGCUUCCAGCAGGGGAAGGACCUACAGCAGUACGUCUCUGUGGUGGUGUUGGAUGAGGUUGGACUGGCAGAAGACUCGCCUAAAAUGCCCCUGAAGGCUCUGCACCCACUGUUGGAAUACGGAUGCAUUGAAGAUGAUCCUGCCCCCCAUAAAAAGGUUGGCUUCAUAGGCAUUUCCAAUUGGGCCCUGGACCCUGCCAAGAUGAACCGGGGUAUUUUUGUGUCACGCGGCAGUCCCAACAAGAAAGAGCUCAUAGAGAGUGCUAAGGGGAUUUGCUCUUCAGAGCCCCUUGUUCAACAAAGAGUCCAAGGGUACUUUGCACCCUUUGCCAGAGCCUAUGAAACAGUGUGUCAGAAGCAAGACAAGGAAUUCUUUGGGCUUCGUGACUACUAUAGCCUCAUCAAAAUGGUCUUCACCAAGGCAAAGGCUUCUAAUAAAGAGCCCUCCCCACGAGAUAUUACACAAGCUGUCCUUCGGAACUUCAGUGGCAAAGAUGACAUCCAUGCUCUGGACAUUUUUACAGCCAGUUUACCUGAGGCGAAAUGCUCAGAAGAAGUCAGCACCAUGCAGCUGAUCCAGCAGAACAUGUACAGUGACCUUCAGAAGGUGUCAGGCAAGGAGCUGGACGACUCUGAGUCCCGCUACCUGCUUGUGCUGACCAGAAACUACUCAGCCCUGCAGGUCCUGCAGCAGACGUUCUUCAGGAAGCACCAGCAGCCAGAGAUCAUUUUUGGUUCCAGCUUUCCCAAGGACCAAGAGUACACCCAGGUCUGUAGAAAUAUCAACCGAGUGAAGAUCUGCAUGGAAACUGGCAAGAUGGUGGUGCUGCUCAACCUACAGAGCCUCUAUGAGAGCCUCUACGAUGCGCUCAAUCAGUACUAUGUCUACCUUGGAGGCCAGAAGUAUGUGGACCUUGGUCUGGGGACCCAUCGGGUCAAAUGUCGGGUUCACCCAGACUUCCGCUUGAUAGUCAUUGAAGAGAAAGACGUUGUCUACAAACAUUUUCCCAUCCCUCUCAUUAACCGGCUGGAGAAACACUAUCUGGAUAUCAAUACCGUUUUGGAGAAAUGGCAGAAGAAUAUCGUAGAAGAGCUCAAGAGCUGGGUGGAGAAAUUUAUAGAUGUGAAAGCAGGGCAGUCUGUAGCCAGACACAAAUACAGCCCUUCUGAAGUCUUCAUUGGCUACCACCCGGACGCGUGUGCCUCUGUGGUGCUCCAGGUCACCGAGAGGCUAGGUCACAGCAUCUUGACUGAAGAACUGUACCAGAAGGUAUCUGAGGAGGCCCAGUUGCUACUGCUGGGUUGUGCCACGCCAGAUGCUGUGGUUAGGCUGGAUGCUGCCUCCCUGGGUAUGUUCGCCGCACAGUCCCUGUCUCAAGAAUACCACCACAGGCAGCAACAUAACUCCUUUGCAGACUUCCUUCAGGCUCAGCUUCGCACCAUGGAUCUGGAACGCCGUGUCAUCUUCACAGAGAUCACCACUUUCUCCAGACUGCUGACCAGCCGUGACUGUGAAAGUUUGGAAUCAGAAGUAAUGGAUGGAGCUCUGAGGCCCACGGUCCUGUCCCUGCAGCAGUUUGACACCGAGAGCUCAUUCCUCAGAAAAGUCCAAAACUGCUUAACUAACGUAGCCAGAUGUAAAAUCCUUAUUAUUCAAACGGAUUUUGAAGAUGGAGUCCGUAGUGCUCAGCUCAUCGCUUCAGCUAAGUAUUCUGCCAUAAAUGAAAUCAACAAGAUGCAAGGCAGUAAGGACUGCAUCUUGGUCUAUUUUAUCACAAAACUGUCCCGGAUGGGAAGUGGAGCAUCCUACGUGGGAUUCCAUGGAGGGCUGUGGCAGUCUGUGCACAUUGACGAUCUCCGGAAGUCCACGGUCAUGGUGUCAGAUGUGACGAAGUUGCAGGAUGUGGCCAUCAGCCAGCUCUUUAAGCCAGAAGGGAGCCCCGAGUUGGGGCACGAGUCCACGGGCACUGCCUGCUCCUUCCCACAGCCAGGCACUGGCCAGGAGUCCCACAUGGGAAAGCGGGUCUCUGUGGACGCGGCAGGCUGUGAAGUGGGGGUCUCUGCCAUGUGCCGCACCCUGGUUGCCGGGGCUGUGUCGGAGACAGGACACGGGGCCGGAGACGGCCGGGAGGAGGCAGAGGAAACCCAGCCUGCAGGGUCAGGGGAGGCGGCCAAGGCGGGCUUGGGAACAGAAGGCCCUGAGUUGUUGCGCAGCCGAUGCGCUGAGCGAGGCAGGAGUAAUAUCAUGGACACCACCAGCCUGCUGCAGAGCUGCAUACAGGGUGCCGUGGGCAUGCUCAGGGACCAGGAGGGCCGCCCUCGCAGCAUGCGGAGAGUGGAGAUUCUUCUCGGCCUCUUGAAUGAGGAUGACGCGGAGAAAGCUGCUUUCCUGCGGUUGUGCAAGGCACGCCUCUGUGCCCUCCUCGAGCAGCAGGAGGAGAACGGCUUCUUCAACGUGAAGGCGUGGGUGUCGAGGGAAGCCUUGAAUCAGGAUGCUCUCCAAGAGGCAGGCACAUUCAGGCAGACCCUCUGGAAGCGGGUCCAGGGUGUGGUGACCCCUCUCCUGGCGAGCAUGGUAUCUGUCCUGGACAGAGACAGCAACCUCGAGCUACUGAUCAGGCCAGACUCUCCAUCCUGGACAAGAGAUCUUUGGAUGUUUAUUUUCCGGGACAUGAAGCUUCUGAACAUUCCUCUUGUGACAAACGAUACGAGACCUAAGAGUGAGGUGCCCUACAUCACGGUGCAGAGCUACAUGAACCCUCCCGAGGACGUGUCCGGUGACGUCCCGUUUAGCUGGAGAAUCAAAGACUAUCUGGAGGAACUGCGGGUCCAGGCUCAUUACAUCACUGGAGCUGAAGGAGUGUCGAAGAAGUUAGUGGAAAUCUUUCGGCAGACCCCGCUGGGCAGGUUUCUUGCUCAGCUCAGUGUAGAAUGGCAGCAAGAACUGUUUAUGUGCUACAUUAAGGACUUUCUCCUCUUGACGAUGAGAGUGUCCACGUGCGAAGAACUGAAGGUUUUGCAGGUGGCACUGGGGUCCUGCAUCAACCAAAUGCAGGCAGGGAGGCCAGAGGAAGAUGUCUCCUUAACGUGGGUGCACCUCGCUUAUCAGCACUUCAGGGGCCGGCUGCAGAACUUGUCCAGAAUCUUGACUGUCUACCCCCAGAUUCUACAAGUGCUGUUUUACAACAUAACAGAAGGCCCAUGGAACACCAGAUUGGAUGGACAUGAGCUAACCCUGGAUGCACUGGCAGCAGUGGCCUGCACGGAGGUGCUGACAAGGGACAUCCUGCAGCCCAGCCCCCAGGUGUGGCUGCAGACGGUGAAGAAUCUGUCCAUGCCGCUGGAGCUCCUGGGCUCUGACGGGUACCUGCCAAGCUGCGGGAGGGUGGCCAGAGAUGUCAUCAGGGAAGUCAGAGCCCAUUGGAACCGCAUUUUCCCCGUGGCCCUUUUUGUGGAACACGUGCUCCUGGGGGUCGAGAGCCAGAUUCCUGAGCUGCAGGCGCUGGUGACUGAGUAUGUCUUCCUGCUGAACAAGUGUCUGCAGGACGACUCUGACAUCAAGACAUACAGGCCUUUUGUCGCAGUGAUGAGCACUCUACGUAAGUGCAAGGACCAGGCCAGCAAGACCCUCGCCAGGGUUGAGAUUCAGCCGUGCCCCGUAUGCCUGGGAGAUGCCCAGGACCCGGUCUGCCUACCCUGUGACCAUGUGUUCUGCUUGAGCUGCAUCAAGGUCUGGCUCACCUUAGGGCAGAUGAGAUGCCCCUUUUGUUUAACAGACUUGCCAGAAGACUACUCUCUAACCGUGUCCCAGGAACACAGGGAGGCCAUCAAGAAACACGCCUGCGUCCGGCAGCUGUGCAACAGUUUCUUCCUGGACCUGGUCUCCACUGUGUGCUUCAAAGAUAAUUCUCCACCACAGAAGAAGGUGAUCGAUGUUCUGCUAAAUUUACUCUUUGUGCAAAAGGACCUUUUAAGAGAUACUUCCCAAAGACACCGUGAACACACCAAAUCUCUCUCUCCGUUCGAUGAUGUUGUGGAUAAGACCCCUGUCAUCCGCUCGGUGGUCCUGAAACUGCUGUUGAAGUACAGCUUCCAAGAAGUAAAAAAUUAUAUCCAGGCUUACUUGUCCCUGUUGGAGGAGAAGGCCUUGGUAACUGAAGAUAAAACUGAGCUGUACAUCCUCUUCAGCAGCUGCCUGGAGGAUUCACUGUAUGAGAAGACUAGUGCUCUGUCUACCAGCAAGGAGCUGACAUACCUGAGGGAGGAAGGGGUCUUCCUGAAGACCUGCUUGCGGCGGCGUGGCCCGGAGCCAGCCAGCGAGGCGUCAGUGGAGUACCUGCAGGAGAUGGCCAGGAUCCGCCUGUGUCUCAACAGGGCUUCUGACUUCCUCAGCGAGCUUCAGGAGGGCUCAGAACUGGUCGGGGAGAAGCAGGGCUACCUGCAGCAGGUGGAGCGCUUCCUCAGGCAAGGCAGGAACGACUGGUACCGAGUGUACCUGCUGAGGAAGCUCGCCAGCCAGCGAGGGAUGGAGUUUGUGCAGCGCCUCUGCAGACAAGGCCAACCGGCACAGUGGGUGCUCCCCCAGGAGGCUGCGGUGCAGCAGGAGGAUCAUCCAAGCCAGAUGGACCCAUACCUAGUGCAUGGUGAUGAAUAUAAGGCUCUUCGUGAUGCAGUGGGCAAAGCUGUCCUUGAGUGCAAGCCCCUGGCUACUGUGGCUGGUCCGAAGGUCUGUAGGAACCCCGGCCCUCAGCAGGCGGCCCACUUACUGUUAGCGCUCUUCAGAGAGGUGGCCACUUUGUACCGAUUCCGUGACACAAACCUCCAUCCUAAGCCAGAGCAAUGUGAGGCUCUGAACAGGUUCAUCGAGGAAAGCAAGGUCCUGUCUUCUCCAGACAUGAGACAUUUUGCAACAUCCCUUGUGACCAACACGCUGCCCCUGCUGAGGACAGGUGCCGGGGACAGCAGCCUCGAGGGCACAGUGGCAGAGCUGGCUGUUCACACUGCGAUUGUCCUCCUGUGUGGACACAGCGAAGUCUUGGAACCCCUGCAGAAUCUGGCCUUCUCCCCAGCCGACAUGGUGAGUGCUUAUCUUCCAACGAUGCCCGAAGACUUGCUGGCUCAAGCUCAGAACUGGAAGGGCCUGGAAGGAGUCCACUGGUACAUAUGUCCCAAUGGCCACCCGUGCUCUGUGGGAGAGUGUGGCAGGCCAAUGGAACAGAGCCAUUGUGUUGACUGCGGUGCCCUAAUUGGAGGGAUUAAUCACAGACCUGAGACUGGAUUUCAAGUUAUCGAUAACAACAGAGACAGAACGCAGACUGGCCACGUGCUGGGAGCCCCACUGUCCAGAGGCGAAGCGGUGGUGUCUGACCGACAGCUGUCCCCAGUGGUCUUCCUGCUCAUCCGGUUGCUCACUCACCUGGCCCUGCUCCUGGGAGCCGCCUGGAGUCCUCAGGCUCUCAGGCACAUCAUCAAGCCUCCGGUGCAGGAUCCCAGAGGCUUUCUGCAGGAGCAUAUCCACAGUGACCUGCAGCAGCUGACGAAGACGCUGGGGAGGAGUGCCGACGAGACAGCCACCACGGUGCACCUCGUGCUGUGCAGCCUCCUCCGAGGGGAGCACCACCCUUCCCACAUGAGGCCUUUUGGUUUCGAUGCAAGACUGUCGACCAGAGAGCAGAGAAAUAGCUGGGAGAAGGCCAUGCAGACCCUCAUUCUCCCUGAGCUGGAGCAUCUGGAGAAAGCCCUGCUGACGGUGACAACCCUCAUCAGCCAAGAUGAGCGGAUCAGCUCCAACCCUGUGGCCAGAAUCGUGUACGGUGACCCGACGGCCUUCCUGCGUCAGCUGCCCCGGAAGAGUGUGGUCCACUGCUCUAAGAUGUGGUCCUGCAGGAGGAGGGUCACCGUGGAGUACCUCCAGCAUGUGGUAGAGCAGAAGAACGGGCGGGAAGCCGUGCCCGUCCUCUGGAAGUUCCUGCAGAAGGAGGCAGAGCUGAGACUCGUGAGAUUCUUGCCUGAGAUUUUGGCUCUGCAAAGGGAUCUCGUGAAGCGGUUCCAGAACGUUUCAGAAGCUGAAUACCAAUCUAUCCGCUCUUUCUUGAGCAGCCACCACGAAGACGGGUUGAAGCAGUUACUCCACAGAAGAGCUGAUAUUUUUCUGUCGACAUGGAAUAAGCUGAGGAGGUCACUUCAGACCAAUGGUGAAGUCAAGCUGCCAGAAGACUACUGCGCCGCCGACCUGGACAUGGACACUGAUUUCGAGGUCAUGCUGCCUCGUCGCCGUGGCCAGGGCCUCUGUUCCACCGCCUUAGUCAGCUACUUGAUCAGCCUGCACAACGAAAUUGUCUACACCGUGGAGAAGUUUUCCAGCGGAGGCAGCAGCUACUCCGUCGAUGCCUCCGAGAUCACAGACCUGCACGUCAUCAGUUACGAGGUCGAGCGGGACCUGAUGCCGCUGAUUCUGUCCAACUGCCAGUACCAGGUGGAGCAAGGCCAGGAGACCCUGCAGGAGUUCGACCUGGAGAAGAUCCAGCGCCAGAUCACCAGCCGCUUCCUGCAGGGCAAACCCAGGCUCACCCUCAAGGGAAUACCCACUCUGGUGUACAGACGGGACUGGAACUAUGAACAUCUCUUUACGGACAUCAGGAACAAACUGCCACAGGAACUCCUCCCCAACGCAGCCAUCAGCGCCAUUUGUGGGCAGCUGCUGUCCUUCAGUGAUGCGUGCGAAGCUCUGUCUGUCAUCGAAGUCACUCUGGGGUUUCUGAGCACAGCCGGCGGCGAUCCGAACAUGUCCUUGAAUGUGUAUGUCCAAGACGUGCUGCGCAUGAGCGACCAGACAGCCCUGGUUCUAACGGCCUUCAGCAGAUGCCAGCUGAAGCACACGAUUGCCCUCUGGCAACUCCUGUCGGCCCACAGGUCGGAACAGCUGCUCCGACUGCGUAAGGAGCCCUUCAGGGAUAUCAGUGCCCAGUACAAAGUAGGUCUCAGCCCAGAAAAUGCUAAGUGCCUCAGCGCUUUCCUGAAUCAGACGGACCUUGACUCCUUCCUCCUGGAGCUUCAUGAAAUGAUGAUCUUGAAACUGAAGAGCCCCCAGGCCAAGGACAUCUUCAAACCUGAGUGGACCCUGAGACACACUCUGGCAAGUUACAUGGAAACCAAAAACAGUGAAAUUCUUCCUGAGCUGGAAUUCCAGGUCCCAGAGAAGAUACUGUUGUGCAGUUGUGUCCCCGUGUGGAGCCUGGCUGCUGAGCUGAAACGGGGUCGGCAAGUGAGGUAG